AUGCUUAACGAAAGUUUAGAAUCUGAUAAGGAGCUUGAUCCUGAAAGAGAGAGACAAAGAUUAAUGCUUAAGAGAUAGAAGUCAAUUGAAGAGAGUCUUUAAUUAAAUGUGAAAGAUCAUAUCAUUAAAUUGGAAGUAAAGAAUAGAAAUAAUUAAGAAUUACUUGAUUGAAUUAAAAAAAGACCUAGAAAAUAGCAAAAAAGAAAUGUCAAAUUUAAGAAUGGAAAUAUCUACAGUGAAGAAUAAUCAUGGAACAAUGAGUGAUGAUCUUACUACAUUUAUACAAAAUGAUGUAUUAUUAAAAUUAUGCACUUUAGGCUAAAAGACUUUUAAAUGAGACACUUAAAAAAUCUUAAGAUGCAUAACAUGAUAGUGAAUUUUUAGAUGCUUAAUUAAAUGUAUUGAAAAGUGAUAAAGAUAAAUUACAAGAUGUUACAACAACAUUAGAAAAAAGAAUUGUUUCAUGUGAGACAGAUGUAGGAUUUAAACAUGUAUAUGAUUGAG